AUGAACAACGAUUAUCGCAUGAAAGUCGAAUCAAAGACUUGGAUUGUGUUGAUGAUCUUCAUGUACACUGUUCACGGUUCAUUGAUUGUGUUGAUCAUUGAAUUGUUUCCGGCUGAGUCGGGGAAAACCUCGCAUGCGAUGUUGGUGCUUUUUCAGAAAUAUCCAUGUCUUUACUUGCUUUCCGAUUUUCCGUACUUCUACGCAGCGACGAUGGAUCCGAUUCCCGGAGUUGGCCUACCAGCAUUAGCGAUUUUUGCCUACUAUGUCUUUUAUGUUGUCACUUUCUGUGUUGGCACGGAUCUAAUCUGCAUCACUCACUCGUUCUACAUUUUGCGUCACUCGAAUCGAUUCAUCAGUGAGCAUCGGAGGAAAAUGCAAAAGAAAUUCCUAAUCACUUUGUGCUUACAGUUGUCGAUUCCAGUGCUAAUCCUUGGAUGUCCGUGGAUUUAUUUUGGUUCGACGCUUGUUUUCAGCUCGAUUUCGAAUGCAACUCACAACAAUUUUCUCUUUGGCGUCCUUUGCACACAUGGAUUUAUCUCAUCACUUUUCUUGAUCACUGUCAACGAACCCUAUCGACAUGCCGUCAUUUCUAUUAUUUUACGAAACCCUGCACAUGCACAUCAUCCACCACCACCUGUGCAAUUAAAGGAUCACCGGUCAUCAUCAACCAUCAACCAUAUAUCAACUUGC